AUGGAGGCCGUGCGCCUCGCGAAAGGCGGUCCGACGAUGGAGACACGAUCAGAUGUCUGCCGCUCAUAUGCAGACUCCGGACAAGGGGCAGCAGCUGACCGUGGCGCGCGGCAGAGCUCGGCUGCAUCUGCCCGGACCAUUGCGUCCCCCGCUGUCGAACCUGUGCCGGAGUUCGCGGAGCUCGUGCGGGCGCUCGGAGACUUGAAGCCAUGUCCCGUGACGGCGACGCAGGGGAUGCGGCGCGGUCCCCCUGAGCCGUUGACGCCGGUCAUGGCGGGCCUGCGCGAGCAGAUGCGCGCCCUGGACCUGAAGGCCGCGCAGAAGCCCGUUAUGAACCGGCUGGUGUACGACUCCCAGGACCCCUCCCCCUUCUACGUGCCCCGAGGGACCCACGACCCCGACGACCCCAAGUCGGAUGCCCACUGGGCGCCGCGAUGCGAGGCGGUGAACCCGGAGGCUCUCGCGGCGGGCACGCUGCCGCCGUGGUACGUGGCGCACGCGAAGGACCCGACGGUGGUCUUUGAGGCGCGGUUCGAGAGCGGCAACCUCCGGCGCGCGAUCCAGGUGGGGGAGUUCGAGUACGACCUGAUCUUGCGGCCGGACUACGGGUCGGACAACCACGUGCAGUGGUUCUUCUUCGGCGCGUCGAACCUCCGCGCGGGGCAGCCCUACAAGUUCAACAUCGUCAACUUCACCAAGGACUCGUCGCUGUACAACGAGGGGCUCCUGCCCGCCCUGUUCUCCGUACAGCAGCACCGACAGACCGGGCGGGGAUGGUACCGGGCGGGGGUCGACGUGUGCUACUACACCAACGAGAUCCCGCGGAAGGGCGCGAAGAAGGCGUACUCGACGCUCACGACCACCAUCGUGCCCCACCUCGCCAACGACACCAUCUACAUCGCAGGGAGCGUGCCGUUCACCUACUCGGACUGUGUGCGGCACCUGGACAGCCUGGAGGCGGACACGUACCGGAGACGCCACACCACGCGGGAGUGCAUGUGCUACACCAUCGCGGGGCGCCGGUGCGAGGCGCUGACCAUCACGGACCGCAGCGGCGAGGAGGACCUGCAGCACCACCCCGCACAAGGGCUUCCCAUGUCGAAGCGGCGCGGCGUCAUCCUGACGGCGCGCGUGCACCCGGGGGAGUGCAACGCGUCGUGGGUCAUGAAGGGCGCGCUGGACUUCCUCACGGGCCCGUCCGCGGAGGCCGACCUGCUGCGCCGCCACUUCGUCUUCCGCGUCGUGCCGAUGCUGAACCCGGACGGCGUCUACUACGGCAACUACCGCUGCAGCCUGGCGGGGUGCGACUUGAACCGCCAGUGGCAGAGUCCGAGCGAGCGGGACCACCCCGAGGUGUACUUCACCAAGAUGUCGAUGCUGCGGAUGCUCUCGGACCAAGGCAUCGAGAUGUUCGUCGACUUCCACGGACACUCGCGGAAGAAAGGCGUCUUCAUCUACGGCUGCACCGACCCGCAGCCGACCGGCGGGGAACCCUCAGGGUGCGAGGGCUUCCCGUACUGCGUGGACAUGCUCGGGCCAGGGUGCAUCGGCUGCAAGAUCGGCGUCCCGAUAUCCCUGCAACAAAAGCUGUACCCGUACAUCCUCGAACGCGAAGCACCCGAGAUAUUCUCGUUCGGAUCGAGCGUCUUUUCGCUGCACCGGUCCAAGGAGACAACUGCGCGGGCCGUCGGGUACCGAGAGCUUGGUCUGUGCAAUUCCUUCACUCUCGAGGCGUCCUUCGCCGGACCUGCAAGCGGGCCACACGCCAACACCCACCUGACCACGUCGCAGCUGGAGCGCCUGGGAGCGGCCGUGGGAAGCGCCCUUCUCGUUUACACCAUGCCGCAGACGCACGAUCACCACGUCAGCGUGAUCAAGGAUCUCAUCGAGGCGGUCAGCCGCCCGAAGGAGGCCGCUGACGGUGGCGCGAGCGCUGCUCCGCCCCCGCGCGCCCAGCAGGACGACGCGGCAGAGCCCGACCCUGCGGAGUCCAACGUGUCCAGCCGAUCGAACAGCCGCACGUCGCUCGUCGCGAUGGACAGGCCAGGAGCUGGCAACAGCGGACACGGGCGCCCGAGCAAGGGGGCGAGCAAGGGCUCGCUCUCCCGCAAACCCAGCAAGCUCGGCGCCCCGGCCCGCGGGCGCAGCCGCAAGGGCGUUUCCGCACCCUCGUCGAAGCCGGCGGGCGGCAAACCGUCCAAGUCACGCAGCAAGAAGCAAGCGCCCCCCGACUCGGCCGCCGCCGUAAUCGCGGGGAUGGCCUCGUCGCCCGUCGUCAAGAAGGCCAGCGUCUCAGAGGAGGCCGACCUGAACCUCCUGCGCGCGCUGGCCGAGGCGCAGAAGGGGAGCGGGCGCGAGAGCUCGGAGACCUCUCGAGAGAGGGGCGCGCAGGCGGGCUCGGCGCUGGAGGACGCGGAGCUCUACGCACGCUACGCUAUGCCGCGCUCCGUCUACAGCUUCAUGUCCCGCGACAUCUGGCAGGCGGCCCUACGGGACCCCGGGGCGGCGGCGGGCGCGGACGAGGGAGCAGGGCCGGCGCGCGAGAACGCAGCUGCGGAGGGGGAGGGGGCGUCUUGUGGCAGCCCCGCGCCCGCGCAGGGAUCACACAGCUCGCGCACGUCCUCGGCCCUGUGCGCGGAGAUCGAGAACCUCAGCGUGGCGGCUGCCUCUCGCGGCAGCUCGCCGGUGCCGGGCGACAUCCGGGCGCGCGGCCGCUCGCUGUCGGUGGGCUCGAAGAUCCCCACCAUCACUGUGUCGCAGCCAGCCAUGGCCAGUAGAUUAUUUCGCAGUUCCGGCAGACACUCCAACGGCCAAAUCGGCGUGUGA